GCACUAAUCUAUAUCUGAUUACUCUCUACUGUUUGAUAGGGAUACUAUUUUCUAUAAAUGCCGAAUCACAAUACGCCUUGUCUGUCUUACAAUGUCCCUCCAAGUCAUCACCUUUGAUGUCGGAUCGUCUCCAUGAGGUGCUUUUACUUUAUCGUUCUGCUGGCUAUUGCGCCCUGCAUCGCUCUUCCGACUUGGUCUCUAGGUUCUAAUUACAGAACACAAACUCAAAAGACACGCAAUCUUAACAAGGACCCCUCAUUACGACUCCAUGAUGUUAAGCUAGUACACCGCAGUACAACUGAAAACUACAAAGUAGCACAAGCUGCUGUACCUACACAGCUCAUACCAGGCAACUAUUAUUUCUUCAUGAGCUGUGCUACAGUAGAACCUGGAUAUCGAUAUGGCAAUCCUGGAGGCCAAUAUGUUGUGGAUAAGGUUGGCUGCUCACAUGUUGGAGUUGUUUAUGGCCAGGUGUCCCAGUCAGGGGAUGAUUUUAAGGCGUGGUAUCAGCAUCCGAAAGUGACAAUCAGAAGGCAUUGGGAAGGAAAUCAUCCCGUAAUUGACAGCAUGCGCUGGUCCCAGUCGGACAACCAAUGGUAUCCUAGGCCAGGUCAAAGACUGAUGUAUGGCUAUGGGGGUCCCACGACUGCCGAAAAGGCCAACCGUCGCAGUCUUUGGAAUAGAGGACAACACUGGUUAUUGAGCGCUGACAAUAAAUUUGAUAAGGAUUGGAACUGUUUAAAAUACUACUUGUAUCUAAGAGAACAGCUUGCCGAUUAA